AUGCGUCUGAACAAUAAUAUCCUUUCGGUUUGUCUUAUCAUUAUUCUGGGUUGUUUAUAUUGUCAUGGAGCACAGGCUACUAACAGUACAAAUUGUACUCAACUUAAUAUUGAUACUGAAUUGAAUCAAACUGAACUUGCAAUUAGUAAAUUGAUCGUCGAAGAUUAUUGUAAUUUGACAAAAGAUCAAAUAACCCAAUUAGUGAUGGAUAACUAUGGUGAAUACGUACGUUCUAUCGAUAUUGAAAUAAAAAAUACGACUAACUCGGUGUCCGUUUCGUAUUUAAUAACAUUCGCUUGUAAUUACACACAGACAACGACAUCAUCAAGUGGUACAACCCAAAAUACAACAAAAACUACGAACGUUAAUACACAACAAGCAACCUCAGCUAUUGCAGCAGGUAUUAGCGAUCGUACCAGUCAGGUGUCGACCAAAGCUGACCAAUAUGCAGCUGGUUGCAAUGAUACAACGAUGAAUUUUGAUAUGGGUGAUAAUAAAACGUUCUCUAUCGCGAUUAUCACCACGAAUCAAUCAUGGACAGAUGGAAUGACAACGGGGCGUUUCGCAACUGAUCAAGCGUAUUUAAAUGCCAUAGCCAGCGUAUGGAAAACUGGUUUAUUAAAAAUAUAUCCAAAUCAAGUAUCUGACGUUGUGGUUGUGUCAAAAACAGCUAGUGGCACUAAAUGGGUUAUUUCACUAAAAAUCACUUUAACAACCUCAAUCACGACCGAUACUCUUCGAGCUUCAUGGCGUUCAUCGAUAACACAAGUGUGGUAUACCAUAUUAACUCAAUAUUUUACGUCGGCCAAUAAGAAUGUCAAAGUACCAGCAACUGUACCAGCCAAAACAACCACUGUCAAUGUUAACACAAACAAAGUAGCUGUCCAGUCUGCACAAACCUCAUCGGCAUCCGCCAGCGGAACAAAAGCGUCUGGAACACAGUCCGGAACAAGUAGCAAUACAACCGUAACAAAAACAGCAACAGCACAACAAACUGCAUCAGGUAAUAAAACAGCAGAUACAGGCAAGAGCACCGGAACAAGUAGUAAUACAACCGUAACAAAAACAGAAACAGUACAACAAUCAGCAUCCGGCGGUAAAACAGUAGAUACAGGCAAGAGCACCGGACAAAGUAGCAAUACAACCGUAACAAAAACAGCAACAGCACAACAAACUGCAUCAGGUAAUAAAACAGCAGAUACAGGCAAGAGCACCGGAACAAGUAGUAAUACAACCGUAACAAAAACAGAAACAGUA